ACGACAAGUUUAGUGUUAUUUUUUUCGUGUGAAUUUCAGAUCCAAAAUUAUUUUGUGUAAAAGGACGGUCUAAAUUGGCAAAUUUCCGAUGGAAAAAGUUCCUUGCGGAUCGGCGACGAGAGCUUUAGCGUUAGAGUACAAGAGUUUGCAAGACGAGCCUGUCGAGGGCUUUCGCGUAAAGCUGGUGAACGACGACAACUUAUUUGAAUGGGAAGUAGCGAUUUUCGGGCCGCCCGAGACUCUGUAUCAGGGCGCUUACUUCAAGGCACACAUGAAAUUCCCGCAUGAUUACCCGUAUUCGCCGCCCAGCAUCAAAUUCCUCACCAAAGUUUGGCAUCCGAAUGUUUACGAGAACGGAGAUUUGUGCAUUUCGAUCUUGCAUCCGCCCGUUGAUGAUCCCCAAAGCGGCGAGCUUCCCUGCGAACGAUGGAACCCCACGCAAAACGUCAGAACGAUUCUGCUCUCAGUCAUUUCGCUGCUGAAUGAACCCAACACAUACUCUCCGGCGAACGUAGAUGCCUCCGUUAUGUAUCGACGAUGGCGCGACUCGCAAGGCAAAGACAACGAAUAUCCGAACAUCAUCAGGAAACAGGCACAAGCAGCUAGAAUAGAGGCAGAAAAGGAAGGCAUCAUUGUCCCAUUGACUCUCGAAGAAUAUUGCAUCAAACCCAAUAAAAAAACAGUUCAAGAGCCUCAAUUGGAUGUCACUGACUUUUACGACGACGACUACAAUCUGGAUUCAGAUUCGGAUUGCGAUGAUGACGACGAGGACGAGGAUUUGGGCGAAGAAGGAGACGAUAACGACAGCGGAAACUGCGGAUCUUAAAUACAAUUUUUCAUUUCUACAAAAAAAAAAAGUAAUUUAACAUUGAAGAUAAUUAAAUUGACUAGCUUUUAACAGAAAAAUAUUCGAGUUUUAGUC